UCGCGUGCCGUUGUGGUCGAGCGUCACGCAAAGGAUUGUGGGUGUACGCUCCAUGUGAACUCAGACCGGGAUCGGAAAAGAGAAGGGAAAAGUGUCUUGUUCUCCGUCGGCGGCUUUUGAGUAUUUGGUUUCUCUGGAUAGUUCUUCAUUAAACUUUAAAAAUGUCAUCUAAACAAGAAGUAAUGGAUGACCAGCGGUUCAGGCGAGUUUCAAAGGAUCCCAGAUUUUGGGAAAUGCCAGAAAAGGACCGAAAAGUCAAAAUUGACAAGAGGUUUCGCGCCAUGUUUCAUGACAAGAAGUUUAAAUUGAACUAUGCUGUUGAUAAAAGAGGGCGCCCUAUCAAUCACAGCACCACGGAAGACCUGAAGCGCUUCUAUGACCUCUCCGACUCUGAUUCUGAUCUCUCUGAUGAAGAAAACAAAGAACUGAACCAAAAGAAAGUAAAGCAGAAAAAAAGCCAGACCAAAAAAGAAGUGAAGUCAAAAGCACUGACUGAGGAAAAAAAGAAAGAAACCAAGAAAGCUGACCAAAAGGAUCCUAUAAAUAAAAACAACUUAGAUAAUUCUGAAAGAAUUCAGAAAGUGAAAAAGACGAGUAAAUCUCAGAAGAUAGAUUCAGAAGUAAAUCCCAAGAAGGAUAGUGAAGAAUUCCUGCUAAAUACGAAGAAGAAAAGGAGCAUCACCAACCUUUGUGCGGACACUUCACCCAAAGGAAAGCUAAGGACCAAAGAUCCCAGGACGUCUGAAAUCGUGGAAUCCCCAAGAACCAGUUCUAAGGCAAAGAGAGACAAGCAAUCAGUGGUUUCAGUCAUAGUGGCAAAAGACAAUGACGGUGAAAUGGUUGACGGAGAUGCCCUGGAGGAAGAUUCAGACAGUGCCAGUGAAAUAGGAAGUGAGGAAGAAUCUGAAGAUGAAAUCACAAGUGAUGAUAGAACUUCAGCUGGUGAUGAUGAAAAUGAAGAUGAGGAAGAAGCAGAAGAAGAAGAAGAUAGUGAGGAGGAGGAGGAUGAAAGUGACAGUGGUCCUGAUCUUGCAAGGGGUAAAGGAAAUAUAGAAACUAGUUCUGAAGACGAAGAUGAUUCAGUGUAUUUAUUUCCAGAAGAACCUGGUCUUGAGCAUGCUUGGAGAGAAUUAGAUAAAGAUGCUCCUCGUGCUGACGAGAUUACACGCCGACUAGCCGUUUGCAACAUGGACUGGGAUAGAUUAAAGGCAAAAGAUUUGCUGGCUCUGUUCAACUCAUUUAAGCCCAAGGGAGGAGUCGUAUUUUCUGUAAAGAUAUAUCCUUCGGAGUUUGGAAAGGAGAGGAUGAAGGAAGAGCAAGUGCAAGGACCAGUGGAGUUACUGAGUAUCCCUGAGGACGCCCCUGAAAAGGACUGGGCCUCUAGAGAGAAGCUAAGAAACUACCAGUUCAAACGACUGAAAUACUAUUAUGCAGUAGUGGAUUGCGAUUCUCCUGAAACAGCAAGUAAGAUUUAUGAAGAUUGUGAUGGCCUGGAGUUUGAAAGCAGUUGUUCUUUCAUAGACCUAAGGUUUAUCCCAGAUGACAUUACUUUUGAUGAUGAGCCCAAGGAUGUGGCCUCAGAAGUUGAUCUAACAGCAUAUAAACCAAAGUAUUUUACAUCUGCUGCAAUGGGAACCUCAACGGUGGAGAUCACUUGGGAUGAGACUGAUCAUGAAAGAAUCACAACACUUAACAGAAAGUUUAAAAAGGAAGAGCUUUUAGACAUGGACUUCCAGGCCUACUUAGCUUCCUCAAGUGAGGAUGAAGAGGAGACGGAAGAAGCGUCUCAAGGUGAGGAUGGAGCCAAUGUAGGAGAAGAUGGGAAAACAAAGAAACACCAGAAGGAUGAUGAAGAACAAAUUGCUAAAUAUCGACAGCUCUUGCAGGUUAUCCAAGAAAAAGAAAAGAAGGGAAAAGAAAAUGAUAUGGAAAUGGAAAUCAAGUGGGUUCCAGGUCUUAAGGAGAGUGCAGAAGAGAUGGUCAAAAAUAAGUUGGAGGGAAAGGAUAAGCUGACCCCUUGGGAACAAUUUUUAGAGAAAAAGAAAGAGAAGAAAAGACUGAAAAAGAAGCAGAAGGCUCUAGCUGAAGAAGCCAGUGAAGAUGAGCUUCCUUCUGAUGUUGAUUUGAAUGAUCCCUACUUUGCUGAAGAAGUUAAAAAAAUAGGUAUAAAGAAGAAAUCAAUGAAAUCAGCAAAAGGCAGUGCAUCUUCAGAGGAAGACACGGAGCUAGAAAAGCAAAAGGCUGAGAUGGCUUUGCUUGUAAUGGAUGAGGAAGAGGACAGCAAGAAGCAUUUCAAUUAUGACAAGAUCGUGGAGCACCAGAAUCUGAGCAAAAAGAAGAAGAAACAGCUUAUGAAAAAGAAGGAGUUACUUGAGGAUGAAUUUGAGGUAAAUGUUAGUGACGCACGGUUUCAGGCAAUGUACACCUCACACCUGUUCAAUUUGGAUCCCUCUGAUCCUAAUUUCAAGAAAACGAAAGCUAUGGAAAAAAUUCUUGAGGAGAAAGCCCGGCAACGAGAACAGAAAGAACAGCUGCUUGCUCAAGCAGUAGAGCGAGCACAGCAGGACAUGGGAAAGGCAGCACAGCAGCAGCACAUGGAUCCUGCCUUGUCCAUGGUGAUUAAAUCUGUGAAAAACAAAACAGAGCAAUUCCAAGCCAGAAAAAGACAAAGGGUCAAAUAACUGGGACGGACUCUGUUAUCUUAUGUAUACAGAAAUGUUAUAAGGGAUACUGGAAAUAAAGCCACCUUUCUAGACUAUGAAAAAUAUCCUUUUCUGACCAUUAUAAAGUUGUUCUUCAUUGGGGCUAGUGAGAUGGCUCGACAAUAAAGAACAUUAGUACUUUUGCAGAGCAUCUGAGUUUGCUUCCCAGCACCCACAUGGCAGCUCACAACCAAAAUGUAAUUGUAGUUCUGAGAGAUCCAGUGCCCUCUCUUCACCUUAGUGACAUAGUGUGUGCACAAACACAGUUGCAGGAAAAAUAUUCACACAUAAAUUUAAAUAUAAAAUUUUGGGCUGGGUGUGGUGGCGCAUGCCUUUAAUCCCAGCACUAGGGAGGCAGAGGCAGGUGGAUCGUUCUGAGUUCAAGGCUAGCCUAGUCUACAAAGCGAGUCCAGGACAGCCAGGGCUACACAGAGAAACCCUGUCUCAAUCAAUCAAUAAAUCAAAUAAAUUUAGAAAAAAUGUUCCCCUUACAUAAUUGUUAAACCUAAUUGUAAAUAGUUCACAUUUUAUACUGUGUAUAUCCACAAAUGUGACAUAAUAUAAUUAUGUAAAUUGUAAAAUCUUUAAGAUUUCUAUAUUGUAUGAAGUUCAUUUCCUGCAAAUGUAAAGUUAUUCUAAUUUAGCUUCCUAACAGAAGACUAAAAUCUUGUAAAAUCGUGACAACUUUUCUCUGUAUAGAUUACAAACAAAUUAAAAAUAUGUAUAUGUGGUACCUUAAUCUCUCUGAAGGCAGGAGGCGUAUUUAAAUAGGUAAUAAAAUAAUUUUUUUUUAACCAGGCAUGUGGGCGCAUGCCUUUGGUCCCAGCACUCAGGAGGCAAAGACAAGCAGAUCUCUGUGAGCACAAGGCCAGUCUGGUCUACAGAGGGAGUUUUAGGACAGCCAUGGAUACACAGAGAAACCAAAUGAUAAAAUAGUAAUUUAGUUUUCUAAUGUAAAGGGCAGAAGCUGUGGUUUUUUUCAUGCUUAGUUAUUUCCAUGUAGAAUUAAUUUAUGAAUAAAUGUGAGAGUUGUU